AUGUCCAAUCAGUAUCCUCGCCCCGACUUUGCCAGGGGGAACAUUACCUGGACCUCCCUCAACGGCCCAUGGUCCUUCCUCUUCGACGACUCCAACGCUGGCCUCUCGCAAGAAUGGCAGACCACCGGUCUCCCCGAAGAGGCAGACGGCCAUAAAAGGACCCAGAUCACUGUUCCCUACGCAUUCCAAGCACCGGCUUCAGGGAUCAACCUCCAGGAAGCCCACGAGGUCAUCUGGUACGAGCGCACGGUGCCCGACAUCCGGCCCUCGAGUCAAACUGCCGCGGACGCCAGGGUCCUCCUGCGCUUCGGCGCAGUCGACUACGAGUCUGCGGUGUGGGUUGAUGGGAUUCAGUAUGCUUCGCACAGAGGCGGGUACGUCCCGUUCGAUGUAGACAUUACCGAUGCAUUCAUAUCCGCCGGACAACGGAAAGAUACCGUGCGGGUGACCGUGCGUGUGCGAGACUCGCCGACGGACCUGACGCAGCCGAGGGGGAAGCAGUACUGGGGUCCUGUACCCGAGAGCAUAUUCUAUACACCGACGAGCGGGAUCUGGCAGAACGUCUGGGUGGAGGUUGUGCCGAAGACGCGGAUCGCGGAUUCGAGUGGUGGAACUCUGCUGAGAGGGGACGAUAUUGACGGAGGAGUGCUCAGGGGCGUCGUGGCUCUGGCUGGAAAGAAGGGGGAUGGUGAGAGAUAUUUUGUGCGGAUCUCUACGUCCCUAAACGGCACAGAGAUAGCUGAGACCACGGUCGCGGUGCCUGAGAACGAGCACUCGGCCCCGUUCGAGCUGAAUGUCCGCAGUGAGAGGCUUAUUGGCGGCGAGUCCUCGUACAACGGACUGGCGCUGUGGUCGCCAGAGCAUCCCAACCUCUACGACAUUGCCAUCCAGUUGGCCCUAACCGAGGGAACCGUCCUCGACCAGGUCAGUACGACCGUAGGCAUGCGCAAGAUCACCUGGGAUACCGGUGACAGCACGUUCCGGCUGAAUGGGAAGCCCUACUUCCAGACCCUGUGUCUCGACCAAGGCUACUGGCCCUCGACGGGCCUGACCCCGCCGUCCGGCGACGCGCUGAAAGAAGACAUCAUUCUCGCGAAGAAGAUGGGGCUUAACGGAUGCCGGAAACACCAAAAGGUCGAGGACCCGCUAUUCUACUAUUGGGCUGAUCGGCUGGGGUAUCUGGUCUGGGGCGAGAUCGGGAACGCAUACGAAUUCAGCGGCGAGUAUGUGGACCGCUUCAAUGAGGAGUGGGAGCGCGUAGUUAUGCGCGAUCGCAACCAUCCGUGUGUGGUUGCAUGGACGCCCGUCAAUGAGAGCUGGGGGUAUAAGAAUCUGAAGGGUGAUGCGGUUCAGAGGGGGCAUAUCCGAGAACUAUAUCGGUUGACCAAGUCGCUCGAUCCGACUCGGCCCGUAAACGACAACUGUGGCUGGGAGCAUGUGCAGACCGAUCUGACGACAUACCACGACUACAGCGACUCCGCCGAGCUGGCGCAGAUCUGCAGCAAAAUGGACGGCGGCAUCCUGGCGCGGAAGCUCAAUGGCGAGAUGUUCACAGACCCGAUCGCCUCGUCUGAUGGCUCUGUCAUUGACCCGGGCUCGAGGCAUACCCCUGGCGCACCGGUGAUAUGCUCUGAGUUCGGGGGCGUGAAUAUCGCUCCUGCAAAAGACGGCAAUGCGCCCGGCUCAGAAAGGGACUGGGGUUAUACAACGGCUGCAGACCCGGAAGACCUGCUGAAGAGAUUGGAGCGGUUGUUUAUGGCGGUCGUUCGGGGAGGCUAUACAUGUGGGUUUGUCUAUACGCAGCUAACGGACAUCGAGCAAGAGGUCAAUGGACUCUACUCAUUCGAUCGACGCGAGAAGGUCCCGUCUGACCGGGUUAGGAAGCUUAUGGAUGAGGCGAGGGAGUACUACUACGAGAAGGUUGCGCCAAAGACUUAACUGCCUGCAUAGAUUCAGCUGUCGCUUGACGCAUAUAUUAUGGAUUAUACUGUGCUAAUCACCCUAUAUACUUCCUGACC